AUGGAUAUCGGUAAUGUACAAAAUGUUAGACGCGUAAGAAAUUUAACAAAUGUGCAUUUUAUUAGACAGCGGAAAAUAUAUAAGAUUCGUAAAAAUCCUUACAUCGAACUUACUAAUAAUGAAUUUCGUAAAAAGUAUCGAUUUUCAAAAGCAGAAUGCUUACAAAUCGUAAACGAAAUUCGUGACUUUUUACCUCGAGCCGUUAACAAUCGCGGAAAACCAAUUUCGCCGAGCUUACAAUUUUUGAUUGCACUUCGUUAUUUAGCUAGAGGACAAGUUCAGGACGACAAUGGAGACUUACAUGGUGUUAGUCAACCGACAGUUAGUCGAUGUUUGAGUCAAAUUUGUAGAGCACUAGCAUCAUUAAAAAAUAAUUAUAUUAAGUUUCCAUUGACCAAUGAAGAGUUAGCUUCUAAAAAGGCAGAUUUUCGUAGAAAAUUUAAUAUGCCUUCGAUAAUUGGUGCGAUAGAUUGUACACAUAUACCGGAUAUACGGAUCAAAAAGGUGGCGGGUGACUACGCUCAAUUGUACAUUAAUAGAAAAGGCUUUUAUUCAAUAAAUGUUCAAGUAAGCCAUAUAACAUCUCCACUAUCUUGUUCGAUGGGAAAUUGA